GGGUGGGGCUCUCUUGACAUAUACAUGACGUAGCUUGCCAUGGCUGAUCAAGCAAUGUCUUUGGAGGAAUUGCCUUCCCAUCUUCUUCAGGAGAUACUGAAUUCAGGUCGUCUCGGCCCUGCUGACCUUGCUUGCUUGGAAGCCUCAUGUCGAAUUUUUCGGGGCCAUCAAAGCCUUUUCCCUUUCAAGUUUCGGUCCAUGGCCGAGUUCGCUGCUUUCCAUCUAUGCAGUUCGGGUGCAAUUUUCAGGGGUAUGUCAGUAGCGGCAAGGACCAGCCUUGUAGAUAGAUGUGGGGGCAACUGGAAGCUCGUCUUGAGAUUCAUACAGUCGGUGGAACAGGCUUCGAGUUUGGUCGAGACACCAUCAGGCAAUAUUCAGGUCAUCACUGGAAGAUAUCACACUCUUUUGCUCGAUGGUUAUUCUGUUUACUCUUGUGGAUCCAGCUUGUGUGGAGUUCUUGGUCAUGGUACAGUUGUUACACAAUGUGUAUCCUUGAGCAGAAUUAGUUUCCCUUGCAAAUCACGUGUAAUCCACAUGUCUGGCUCCCACAACCAUGCAGCUUUUGUAAUGCAGUCUGGAGAGGUGUUUACUUGUGGAGAUAAUUCUUCAAUUUGUUGUGGUCAUGGAGAAGUGAGGAAUGCCAUUUUCCGGCCUACACAAGUUGUAGCGUUGAAGGGAAUUCCUUGCAAGGAGGUCGCAACAGGCCUCAAUUUUACAGUGGUCCUGACAAGGGAAGGCCAUGUUUAUACAUUUGGAAGUAACAUUCAUGGCCAGCUCGGCCAUGGUGACAUUCUAGACAGGCCUACCCCAAAGCUCAUCGAAAGCUUUGGAAAUCUUGGACGUGUAGUUCAAGUUGCUGCUGGCGCAUCAUACACUUUAGCUGUAACUGAAGAUGGCACACUUUAUUCAUUUGGAUAUGGUGCUAAUUUCUGCCUUGGCCAUGGUGACCAACAUAAUGAGUUGCAACCCCGAGCUUUGCAUUGGUUCAAGAGGAGAAAUGUACACAUACUUCGUGUUUCAGCAGGUGAUGAGCAUGCUGUUGCCCUCGACUCAAGUGGAUAUGUAUAUACAUGGGGUAAAGGUUAUUGUGGGGCACUGGGCCAUGGGGACGAGAAUGACAAAACCACUCCUGAGCUAUUGACAAGCCUUCGGGCUCAUCGUGCAGUCCAGGUUUGUGCAAGGAAGAGAAAGACAUUUGUUUUGUUGGAUGAUGGGUCAGUUUUUGCCUUUGGAUGGAUGGGGUUUGGGAGCCUGGGCUUCUCGGACCGAAGCAGCUCGGACAAAAUAAUGAAACCACGGGUCCUCGAGACCCUCAGAGGCCACCACAUUUCACAAAUUAGCACAGGCCUUUACCACACUGUGGUGGUCACAAACAGGGGUUUGAUCUUAGGGUUUGGGGAUAAUGAGAGGGCUCAACUUGGGCAGGAGUUCUUGAGAGGAUGCUUAGAGCCUAUGGAGAUCAAAAGAGUAGAUCAGGCGGAUGUGCUAGGUAUCCAAUGAAGGUGAGUCUCUCUGUAGAUUGUGAUGUAUCAAAAGUAGUAUUUGUUUUAUUUUAUUUCCAUGUGUUUACAAGUGACUCUUAUUUUCCAAGUUUGGAAAUCUUUAGUUUGAGAUUCAGGUGUUUUAUACAUGUAUAAUUGUUGCAUCUCCUGCUGAAAUUGUAGCAAAUACAGGUCACAUGUCUUGCAGACUUUUCCACUUUUCUUGUUUGAACUAUGUAUCCAUUUUUUCAUGUCAUAUGGAGAGAGAGAGAGAGAGAGAGAAGGAAGUUGUUGGAUGAGAUAUGAUAUUUUUUUCUAAUGUUAAUUUGGGACCUGAUGAGAAGGAAA